AUGGUUUUCAAUGGGCAAAGUUAUUGGGUUAAGGUUAAGGUUAAGGUUAAGGUUAAGGUUAAGGUUAAGGUUAAGGUUAAGGUUAAGGUUAAGGUUAAGGUUAAGGUUAAGGUUAAGGUUAAGGUUAAGGUUAAGGUUAAGGUUAAGGUUAAGGUUAAGGUUAAGGUUAAGGUUAAGGUUAAGGUUAAGGUUAAGGUUAAGGUUAAGGUUAAGGUUAAGGUUAAGGUUAAGGUUAAGGUUAAGGUUAAGGUUAAGGUUAAGGUUAAGGUUAAGGUUAAGGUUAAGGUUAAGGUUAAGGUUAAGGUUAAGGUUAAGGUUAAGGUUAAGGUUAAGGUUAAGGUUAAGGUUAAGGUUAAGGUUAAGGUUAAGGUUAAGGUUAAGGUUAAGGUUAAGGUGAAGGUUAAGGUUAAGGUUAAGGUUAAGGUUAAGGUUAAGGUUAAGUUUUUAGUAUCUGAAUGGUCAGCUUGCAAAAAAUUACCUACCAACUAA